UGUUUUGAACACAUUGGUGCUAUUUGUUUUACAUUGGGAAGUUACACAGUUACGGUGAUACACCGCGUGAUUCAGCACACCAUCACGGAACCGUUACAAUGAUUCGGUGGGGGGGAUUAUACAAUCACAUAACUCUCUCGUUGCGUUCUUUAUAGGGUUCUCGUUUUGUUUCAGCGGCGAUCUUAAUGGAAUCGGGUUCUUGCGGCACAUAUUAUUUUGGAUUUAAUCACUCCGCUCUCGCAAUCCAAAUGCUGUUUCCGCCAAACACAAAAGCUCACGUCUCCAUGGACCACAAAUAAAAGUAAAUCAUUGCAUUACAUACCAACGCUGCCUCGUCGUCUUCAACCCCAGUUUCUUCUUCGUCUUUGGCAACUCAGGUUGUGUUGUGGAAUGUUUUCCCGAGUUGCAACUGGGGCACCAGAAGUCAUCAGAAUUUUUUGCGUGCUUUGAGGAGGCAAACAACGGUCAUGCGUGAAACUCGAAAUCGUUGUCUCAAGGAGGUUUAAUUAUCGCAAUUAUGAUGAGUGAAGUGAUGGAAGAGACAUUGAUAAAUAAUUACCUCUGUAUAACGCCUCUUUUGAGGAAUUUAUACAGUUCGAUAAACGGGAUCAAAGAUCACAAUAUAUUGCAGGGAUCCUAAAUCAUAGACGAGUGACCACAAACAUUUCAUCAGAAGAUGGUUGCGAUUUUAGCCAUUUUGACAAAUUCACAAUUUCUUCAGAAUUGGCGCUCCAUGUGUUUGCCAGAACUGUAGUUCACUUCCACAUAAAUUCCAACUAUGACUACUGCUAGAUUUCAUGUACUUACAAAGGAAGGUUGAUCUCCCUGAAGAAUAUCAAAGGUCACAAAGGCGCACAUCGAGAGUCGUCCAGCAACUAACAUGACAACCCAGUGAGUCAAGUGUCUGCAAUAACAUCCAGUGUCCCACUUCUCACAGACCUCCACGGGUUCUGCAUAAUCAUGUUAUGUGUGCAGCUAUGCCUCAAUACAGCCAAUGCAGUUAAAAGCCAAGUCCUGAGCAGCACGGAAUCAGCCAAUCUCGAAGUAUGGAGAAGCGAUUUGGAUGCUACAAUGUCAACAGGUCGCACUCCGUCUUCAGCAUGAUCUUGCAGUUACUUUUUCCUGGUGCUGUGCUUCUGAUGCAAGCACAAGGACGAGAAUUCGACUACAGGGAAGCGUUGGAGAAGUCUCUCCUGUUCUACGAAGGACAGCGAUCUGGGAAGUUGCCUGAAACUCAGCGCAUGAAUUGGCGGGGCGACUCUGCCCUUGUGGACGGUAAUGCCUCCCAAGUGGAUUUGAGAGGAGGAUACUAUGAUGCGGGGGACAACGUGAAGUACCAGUUUCCGAUGGCAUUUACCACUACUUUGCUUUCAUGGAGUGUGAUGGAGUACGAGAGCGAACUACUCCUUGCCAACCAGUUACAACAUGCACACGAAAGCAUCAGAUGGGCCACAGAUUAUUUCCUCAAAGCUGUCACAAGUCCAACUCAAAUCUGGGUUCAGGUUGGAGAUCCACACAGCGACCAUGAGUGUUGGGAAAGAGCGGAGGAUAUGGACACACUUCGGUUAACAUUGCAGAUCAAUGAAACCACCCCAGGCACCGAAGUGGCUGCCGAGACAGCAGCUGCUAUGGCGGCGAGCUCCAUUGUGUUUCGAGCCUCUGAUCCUCUCUAUGCCGAGAGGCUUCUAGGAACGGCAAUGACAGUUUUCGAUUUCGCAGACAAGUAUCGAGGCACAUACCACGGCGCUUGUCCGUUUUACUGCUCAUCUGGAUACAAUGAUGAGCUUCUAUGGGCCGCUGCCUGGUUGUAUCAAGCCUCCAAUGACACAAAGUUUUUGAAAUAUGUGGUUGACAACUCCACGCUGAGCCACGAAGUUAGUGAGUUCAGUUGGGACAACAAACAUGCUGGAACUCAAAUUCUGCUCACAAAGCUGUAUUUGGCAGGAGAAACUUCCCUUGAGCCAUAUGCAAAGCAUGCAGCAGCCUUUGUCUGCCAUGUCCUUCCAGCAAACAUGUGGAACAAAGUUUCCUACACUCCAGGUGGGUUGCUUUAUGUCCGCGUAGGGGCGAAUACGCAAUAUGUGACAGGAUCCUCUUUCAUAAUUGUUGUAUUGGCCGACUCCCUUGCAAAUUCAAACGGAGCAAAGUUGAUGUGUGGCAAUGUUUCGUAUGCUUCUCAGAACCUGUUGGCACAUUCCAAAAACCAGGUUGAUUACAUUCUGGGUUCAAAUCCUUUGAACAUGUCUUACAUGGCUGGUUUCGGCCCGAAGUAUCCGACUCAAGUUCACCAAAGAAGCGCAUCCAUAAUAUCCAUUCAUGAAAGCCCCCUGCACGUCGGUUGUGGGCAGGGCUUUGUGGACUGGUUUCCGAGCGACAAUCCCAACCCAAAUGUUUUAGUUGGAGCCAUUGUGGGAGGCCCUGACAUAAACGACAAUUUCAAAGAUUCGAGGCGGGACUCCUCAUGCACUGAACCAACAACUUACAUCAACUCUGGAUUUGUCGGUCUGCUGGCCCGUUUGUUGAGGGACGGAACCUGAGAAAAAAUACUCCAAAUUCAUGCUGGCCCUACUAUGAAAAGGUUUGAAAUCCUUGAUUAAACAAUCAAACAAUUCUUACCAGGAAUAUGCGUGUUAGACAUGUUCUUAAAGCGCAUUCUUAAGACAAGCUAGAUCAAUAAAACCGAGAAUAUAGUCACUGUACAACUUGUUGUUUUAAUGAAAAUUAUCUGUAUAAUAGAAAGGAAGAAGGGUUUAUUGAUAUUAUAUAAUUAACCUUUCGGCAUUUUUCUGACCUCAAAUGAACUAGACCUAGUGAGCACCAAUACCAUGUGUAUUUUUGCUUCCCACAAAAAAAAAUAUUCUCUAGUACAAAGAAUUGAGAAGAAGCAUGCACUUCCUAGCAAAAUAUCUUGUAAAGGUUUUUUUCACUAUAUCUACUAGGUUUAGAUGAUUGAA